AGUUACGCUCUAUCUGUGUCUGAGUUCACUGACCUCCCCACUGUGCAAGACCGGCUCUCCUCUGUAAUGAGCAAAGUGCUAGUAAGGGCCAUGCUUAUGACACCAACAUUAAGUGUGGAUAGAAAGUCAGCAGGAAGGGAUGUUGUGUUCUUGUUGGAUGGAUCUGAUGGUAGUAGAACUGGAUUUCCAGCAAUGAGAGACUUUGUCGAAAGAGUAAUAGAGUCACUUAGUGUGGAUGACAACAAGGACCGUGUCUCAGUGGUUCAGUACAGCAGAGAUCCAGCUGCCCAGUUCUAUCUGAACACGUACACAACAAAGGGCGAGAUCCUUGAGUCUGUUAGAGGUUUAAGUCACAAAGGUGGAACAACCGUCAACACUGGAGCAGCUCUUCAGUAUUUGAAGGAUAAUGUCUUCACAGCCUCUGCUGGAAGCAGGCGUCUGGAAGGAGUUCCACAGAUCCUAAUACUGUUAAGUGGUGAAAGUUCCUUUGACAGUGUUGAUGCACCAGCCUCUGCUCUCAAACAGCUGGGAGUCCUGACCUUUGCAGUUGGCACUAAGAGCUCUGAUAGCGAAGAACUUCAGAUGAUAUCUUACGACCCCAGUUAUGCUUACUCUGUGCCUGAAUUCACUGACCUUCCCAGUGUCCAACAACAACUUCAGUCUUCUGUGGAGGCUGUUGUUGUUGACAUGAUCCCAGAAUCACCAACUUUACCUGUUGACAUUACCAAAAAGGAUAUCGUAUUUCUGUUGGAUGGUUCCAAUGGCACAAGGAAUGGCUUCCCAGCCAUGCGAGACUUUGUCCAGAGAGUAGUAGAGACACUCAGUGUGGAUGACAACACGGACCGUGUCUCAGUGGUUCAGUAUAGCAGAGAUCCAGCUGCCGAGUUCUUUCUAGACAAGUACACCAAAAGAGAGGACAUUUUGGAUUCGGUCAGAGGGCUGAGACACAGAGGAGGCAGACCCCUCAACACCGGGGCAGCCCUCCAAUAUGUCAGGGACAAUGUUUUUACAACGUCCACCGGGAGUAGGCACCUGCAAGGUGUUCCACAGAUACUGAUCCUGCUAAAUGGUGGAAGGUCUUUUGACAAUGUAGAUACCCCAGCCUCUGCUCUCAAACAGCAGGGCGUCUUUGCCAUUGGCAUUGGAACAAGGAACUCUGACAGUAGAGAGCUGCAGAAGAUAUCGUAUGACCCUAGUCUCGCUCUAUCUGUAUCUGAGUUCACUGACCUCCCCACUGUUCAAGAACAGCUCUCUUCUGUAAUGAGCAAAGUGCUAGUGAGGGUCACACCCAUGACACCAACUGUAACUGUGGGCAGAAAGCCACGAGGAAUGGAUGUUGUGUUCUUGUUGGAUGGAACUGAUGGUACUAGAACUGGAUUCCCAGCUAUGAGAGACUUUGUCCAGAGAUUAGUAGAGACACUCAGUCUGGAUGACAACAAGGACCGUGUCUCAGUGGUUCAGUACAGCAGAGAUCCAGCUGCCCAGUUCUAUCUGAACACGUAUUCAACAAAGAGUGAGAUCCUUGAUACUAUCAGAGGCUUGAGGCACAAGGGUGGAAGACCUCUCAACACUGGAGCAGCUCUCCAGUAUUUGAGGGAUAAUAUCUUCACAUCCUCUGCUGGAAGUAGGCUCCUGGAAGGAGUCCCUCAGGUCCUAAUAUUACUAAGCAGUGGAAGAUCUUUUGACCGUGUUGAGGCGCCAGCUUCUGCUCUCAAACAGCUGGGCGUCUUUACCUUUGCAAUUGGAUCUAGAAGAUCUGUUCAAAGCGAACUGCAGAAAAUAUCCUACAGUCCCAAUUAUGCUCUAUUUGUUUCUGAAUUUACUGACCUUCCCAGUGUCCAACAGCAACUUCAGUCUUCUAUGGAUUAUGUGGUUUUUGACUUAACCCCAGAAUCACCAACUGUCCUCGUUGAGUCGCAGGGUCCCCGGAAGGAUGUUGUCUUCCUUGUUGAUGGAUCUGAUGGUGUUGGACGGGAAUUCCCUAUCAUCCAGGAGUUCAUCCGCCGUGUUGUCGAGAGUCUCAAUGUGGGCGAGAAUAAGAUCCGGAUUGGAGUGGUCCAGUAUGGUGACUCAGCACAGGCUGACAUGCAUCUGAACACACAUACAACCAAACAAGGUGUUUUGAAUGCCGUCAAGGAAAUGAGGCACCGGGGAGGAAGACAACGGAACCUGGGUCAGGCCUUGGAGUUUGUCAGUCAGGAUGUUCUGACAGCAGCACGAGGUAGUAGGAAGCAAGAAGGUGUACCACAGUUUUUAAUCGUUGUCUCCAGUGGGUCUUCUACAGAUGACAUCAGUGGUGCAGCAACUUCCCUCAAAAAAUCUAGAGUUCUUCCCUUCAGCAUUGGGACCAGGGAUGUUAAUCCUCAACAGCUCCAGGUGGUGUCAUAUGUGCCUAACUUUGCCUUCAGAGUAGAUGACCUCCCUGGCCUAUACACAGUACAGGAAAACUUAAUCAACACUCUCACUGAGAUGUCGGAUGAAGACAUCGCAAGGAUGCGUCCAGUAUAUCCAGAAAUUGAUGUAAUCACAACAGUCACUACAGGAGGAGGAAAGAGAGAUGUCGUGUUUCUAAUUGAUGGCACCACAGCAGGGCGUAGAGAGUUCCCUUCAAUCCUUGAAAUGAUAAGAAGAGUUGUGGAGAAGUUGGAUGUAGGCCUGGAAAAAGUCAGAGUUUCAGUGGUACAGUACAGUGAUGAUGCAAAAUUAGAAUUUCUUCUGAAUCAACACUCCACCAAAGAGGAGGUACGCCAGGCUGUGGCGAGACUCCGUAGCAAAGGUGGGAACAGUCUAAACACAGGUCGUGCUCUUGAAUGGGUCUCCAGAAACAUUUACCAGAGGUCAGCAGGAAGCCGCAUUGAAGAUGGUGUGCCUCAGUUCCUCAUUUUAGUUACAGGUGGCAAGUCUACAGAUGAUGUAUCCACUCCAGCAGACCAACUUAAGAGAAACUACAUUGCACCUCUUGCUAUUGGCUCAAGGAAUGCUGACCCUAAUGAACUGAGACAGAUUUCCCUGAAGCCUGAACUUGUAUAUACAGUUGACAGUUUCCAGCAGCUUCCAAGUGUGGAGCAGAAGCUCAUUGAUUCAGUCACAACAAUAUCCACCGCUGAUAUCAUCAGUAGCUACGUUCCUGCACCUGUGGAACCAAAUCUCUCAAAUCUCGGGAGAAAGGACAUUAUUUUCCUAAUUGAUGGCUCAGACAAUACAGGUCCGGAUGGUAUUGCUCAUAUCCGUGAUUUCAUCGUCAACACUGUCCAACAACUCGAUGUCCAACCUGAUCAAGUGCGUGUGGCUGUUGUCCAGUAUGCAGACAAAGUUAAAACUGAGUUCUCUCUCAACUCACACAACAACAAGCCAGCUGUUAUCUCUGCUAUCAAAAGACUUCGCCAGAGGGGUGGCCGGUCAUCAGAUCUGGCUGAUGCCAUCGAGUAUGUCAUACAGAAUGAGUUAAAACCCGCUGCUGGUGUUCGUAUGGCUGAGGCCUCCCAGCAUCUUGUGGUUCUCACAGGUGGACGCUCCCGCCAAGAUGUUUCUAUCUAUGGACCACUGCUGAAGGGCUCCAGGGUCAAUUGCAUUGGUAUUGGAGCUGGUGGUGCUGACGCAAGGCAGCUAACCCAGAUUUCUACUACCUCAGAGGAUGUCCUUCAGGUUCCUACAUUCCCUGGCCUGCCAGCAAUCAAGGAAAGGUUUAUUGCAAGGUUGAGUGGGACUAUCCCUGAUGAACUUCCCACAGACUAUGAGGAUCCAACAUCCCUUCCUCCACCUAAAAAGGCUGAUAUAGUGUUUUUGGUGGAUGGCUCCAUUAACUUGGGCAGGGAAAACUUCAAUGAAGUGAUGUCAUUUAUCAUCAACCUGAUUGAUCUGUUUUUCAAUGAGAGAGACAACCUGAGGAUUGGCCUGGCACAUUAUGCCACAGAUGUGACUGAUGUCUUCUACCUCAACACCUACAAAAACAGGCAAGAUAUUGUUAGCGCUAUUGGCCGAACGGAUUACAAAGGUGGACGAAGAAUCAAUACUGGUGCAGCCAUUCGCCACAUUCAAAAUGUUCAUUUCACCAAAGAAAAGGGCAGUCGGAAGGAUGAGGGUACUCCUCAGAUCCUUAUGGUUAUCACUGGAGGACGCUCAUCUGAUGACAGCAAAACAGCAGCACUUGGUCUAAGGAAUACUGGUGUGAGAAUCUUUGCUGUAGGAGUGGGUGACACUGGGAAUGAGUUAGAAAACAUAGCAAGCGAGUCGUCCACUGUGGCUCGGGCAAGCACCUUUCAGGAGCUUUCAGAGCUGAAUGAGCAAAUCCUGGAGACUUUGGAUGAUGAAGUGAAGGGGAAGCUGUGUGUUGGUACGGCAGAACCUGCUAAAACCUGCAGCGUAGAGGUUUUGGUGGGCUUUGAUGUUAAUGCCCAGAAUAUCUUCAAUGCUCAAACCAGCCUCCAGAGCAAGAUGGAUGCCAUUCUGAGGAGGAUUUCCAAGAUGGAAGCUAUCACUUGCUCAUCAGGCCAGAUUCCCACCGUGCAAGUAGGCAUGCUGGCAUUGGACUCUGCCUCUGAACCUGUCCUGCUGGAAUUCACAGACAAUGCUGCUGAGCUCUUUGAGGGCUUCAAAGCCCUACGCAAUCGUGGCCCCUUUGUCCUCAAUGGCAAGACCAUCGCAGCUUACACAAAUAGGUUCAAAAGCAGACCGGAUAAUGUUGUGAAGGUUGUCAUUCAUCUGACUGAUGGCUUUGAUGCCCCAUAUGUUGAAAUGAAAAGGCGAGUUGAUGAGCUGCGGCUGUCAGGAGUGAACAGUUUCAUUCUUGUCGGAAUGGAGCGGGUGGCCAAAUUUGAGGAGGCUUCAUUAUUGGGAUAUGGGCGAGGUUUCAGGUACACAAGACCCCUACAAAUCAAUAUCAUGGAAUUGGACUAUGAGCUGAUGGAAGAACUGGACAAUAUUGCAGAGAGGGAGUGCUGUGCAGUGCCAUGCAAAUGUACUGGCACCAGAGGAGUCCGAGGGGGAGUUGGAACUUCAGGGCCUAAGGGCAGUCCAGGAUUAUCAGGAAGCCAAGGGCAUCCUGGAGAUGAGGGUGGACCUGGAGAGAGAGGUCCCCCUGGUGUAAAUGGAACUCAGGGUUUCCAGGGAUGUCCUGGACAAAGGGGUGUCAAGGGUUCCCGUGGAUACUCAGGAGAUAAGGGUGAACUUGGAGAAAUUGGCCUUGACGGCAUCAACGGAGAAGAGGGCAAAGGUGGAGUGGCUGGACCCCCAGGAGCAAGAGGAAACCCUGGCGGAAGGGGUCCUAAAGGUGCCAAAGGACAAGCAGGAGACAUAGGAGAUACAGGAAUCCGAGGAGACCCUGGUACAAGUGGACCGAAUAACAACCAAGCAGGACCUAAAGGAGACCCUGGUGAUGCUGGUCCAGCGGGAGAGGCUGGUGUGGAUGGAAAGAAGGGAACACCUGGAGAACCUGGAAGAAGGGGAAAUGAUGGCAGAAGAGGCCCACCUGGAACAGCUGGAAAUGCUGGAAAGCCAGGAGCUGAUGGUGAAGCAGGAGAACCUGGUAUUGGAGGAUCAAGAGGUCCAGCUGGACCGAAUGGUGCACCCGGACCCAGAGGAGAAGAUGGGAACCCAGGACCCAGAGGUCCUGGAGGUAAACCAGGGUCUGCUGGAGAAAACGGCAGAAGAGGCGGUCUUGGUCGCAAGGGAGAGCCAGGAGAUCCCGGACCUAAAGGUGUUAUUGGACCCCUUGGCCCCCGUGGAGAGCCUGGUGGAGAUGGCAGAGAUGGGUUUGGUAUUCCAGGGCCUGAUGGAAGAAAGGGUGAUGAAGGUUUCCCAGGAUUCCCAGGACUAAAGGGAGCAGCUGGUGACUCCGGCACCAAGGGUGGACCUGGACGUAAAGGAAAUAAUGGCCAGAGGGGUGUCUCUGGAGAAAGUGGUCCAUCUGGACAGAAAGGAGAGGUUGGAUAUUCCGGACCAAAUGGUCAGAAAGGGCCGAGAGGACCAGGUGUUGUGCAAUGUGACCUGGUCAAGAAGAUCAGAGACAACUGUCCUUGCUGUUAUGGUCAGCAGGAAUGCCCACUCUACCCCACUGAGCUAGCCUUUGCCCUGGAUGCCUCUCAGGGUAUUGGCCGCCCUAUCUUCAACAACAUGCGUGACACAGUCCUGCGUAUUGUCCGAGAUAUCACCAUCACUGAGAGCAACUGUCCAAGAGGAGCUCGUGUUGCUUUGACCUUGUACAACAACGAAGUGACCACUGAGGUCCGGUUCGCUGAUAGAAUGAAGAAACGUGACCUGGUGCAGCGCAUCGAGGGAUUGCAGCCCCUGCAGACCCGCAAGGAGCGCAAACUGGAUUCGGCCAUGAGCUUCGUGGCCCAGAACACCUUCAAGAGGGUGCGCAGUGGUUUCCUCAUAAGGAAGGUAGCCGUCUUCUUUGUUGGCAGCGAACUAAAGGACACGCAAGCAGUUACAAACGCAGCUCUCCGCCUCCAUGAUUCUGGAAUUGCCACUCUGUUCUUAGUCAACCGUGAGGACUCAUCACUUGCCAGAGCAUUGCGGGUCAACAACACUGCACUGGCCCAGGUAAUUGUUCUUCCCAGCCCUGGAGGUGCACAGUACAAUUCAGUCCUCCAAAAGAUUAUGAACUGCCAUGUCUGCCUCGACAUCUGCGCUCCAGACCAAAUAUGUGACUAUGUACCCCCAACAACCAGUCGGGAUAAGCGGUCUUUCACCACAGACGUGGACAUCGAUAUGGCAUUUGUCAUGGACAGCUCUGAGUCUACAUACCCAACUGUAUUCACUGAGAUUAAACGCUACAUAGCGCACAUAGUGGAGCAUCUGCAAGUGUCUUCAAAUCCCAAGUCAUCUGUUCACCAUGCCAGAGUGUCAGUGAUCCAACAAGCACCUUUUGAGUUCCUUUACAACAAAACUGGCUCUCCCAUCCAUGUGGAUAUUGGCUUGACUGAGCACCAGUCAUCUCAGGAUAUUGUCAGAUUCCUGCUGGAGAAGACACCGCAGCUAGAAGGUGGCCGCUCAUUGGCAGCGGCUAUUCAAUCAACAGUGGAACAGGUGUUUGAGAAGGUGCCUCACCAACGUGACCGGAAAGUACUCAUGCUCUUUGUAACAGGAAAUGUGGAAGAGGAAGAAGAGCAGCUGGUGCGUAUUGCCACUGAGAUCAAGUGCAGAGGCUACUUCCUGGUCAUCAUGGGCGUGGGUGACACAGUCAGUGCUGGGGAUGCUCGUGUCCUGUCAAGCAUGGCCAGUGAGCCUUCAGAUGUCUUCUUCAAGAGACUGGACAGCCUCUCACAAUUUUACGAUACUCACAUUCAGACCUUUGGCCAGCUGCUGCCAAAAUACAUCAGCAUCGAAAAUGCUUUCUACAUGUCCCCUGAAGUCUCCAAAAACUGCAAGUGGUUCCAGAGUGACCAGCCACUAAAAAACCCAUUUACAUCAUCACACCAAGAGGAGAAACAUCAGAAGCAUCAUGAGAAACAUCAAGCAGUUCAUCCAACAAAACACAAAGACGCAGAAGAGCUACACGUCUCGAACAUCACCUCCAGCAGCUUGAAAUUGCGUUGGAGCAGCCCAGACCCCAAGCUCUUUGUCUACUUUGAGGUGGUGGUGACACGGCUGCAUGACCACGUGCUGGUGCUGAAGACCAACGUGUCAGGCACAGAGCUUUCUCUGGACAACUUGAAGAGUGGUCAGUCAUAUCACGCUGUGGUCUCUGCCUACACUGCAGAUGGUCAUGUUGUCUCCACCCGCAAAGGCAUCAUCACUACCAAGACAGCAGUGCAUAAGCCAUCCAGCCGUCGUACCAGUACUGUAAAUACAACACCACUGGACAAACCAGAGACUGUCAAUGAAUUUGCAGACCCAUGCUCAUUUGACUAUGACCCUGGAAUGCCAUGCAAAGACUAUCAGGCUAAGUGGUUCUUUGACAGAAAGAACGGGAUCUGUACUCAGUUCUGGUAUGGAGGUUGUGGAGGCAAUGAAAAUAGGUUCGACACUGAAGCCCUCUGCUUGAAACGCUGCAUGAGGACAGUGCCAGUUGCAGAGCGUCAGCGCAGAGUAAAGCAGGUUGAGCAGAUAGAGAUCCUCCCAGCUCCUGCGGCUUCUACAAAUGUGGACAUUUGCCAGCUUCCCAAGGAGGAAGGAACUUGUGCCAAAUUUGUCCUCAAGUGGCACUACGAUGCCCCCAGCAAGAGCUGCACACGCUUCUGGUAUGGAGGCUGCGGUGGAAACCAAAAUCGCUUUGACACACAUGAGCAAUGUCAAAAGGCUUGUGGAAAACAAGCACCCGUCAACCAAGGAGUCGUCGCUGCAAUAAGAACAUAGGACGACGUUAGAAAGAUGGCCAGCUUUUACCUCUGUUCAGGGGAUUCUGAGGAGAAACAUCCAACAUGGCCAUACUAUAGGGAUGCAAUACCAAAGCAAUGGUGGAUGCACUGGAUUCCACAAAAAUAGACUUUAUCCCCCAAAUUCUUGAAGUAGUGUUUUUCACAGCAAGAAGGAAGGCAAAACACGAUUUGCUGCAUGAUUUGUUUUAACCUUCUGGUGCUACAUAGUAUGUUUGUUUUACAGAUGGAGUUGUUAAGUGCAUUCAGUUUUGUUAUGUCAAGUUUCCUGGACCAUCAUAUGAGUAUUUUUAAAAAAUGCAGUUUUAUAAUUAAGCAAGAAACAUAUAUGAAUAUCUUGGACAGAGAUCAGCAAUAAAUCAGUACAUGCAGGACUGGCAUUAUUCAAUGCAGUAACCUUUUUUUAUAUUGUGUUUUUACAUUCCACAUAGCAACAUUGGCUUUAUAUUUUUUAAACUCACUUGAUCCCUGUGGAAUCAAUCUUUCACUAUGUCACAGAAUCCACAGCAAUGUUUACACAAGUCUUGUAUGGCAAUGUGUGUAUUAAAAUGACAGUGACCAGCUGUCCUGAUGUAAAAAAAAAAAAGAAGAAGAAAAAACAUUGUAACAUUAAGUGCACUUCUGGAUCCACUGCCUCAAACACACAAGCUCCAGCUAUGGAAAAAUGGAAUGUACUUGUCAAGCUGUUUUUAUUUUUGGUUUUACUGAAAUGUAUUGUUUCAUCUGGGUAUUGGGGAAAUAAAAACAAACUAGACUUUCUAAUAAACAUGAGCAACUGAUUUUUUUUUUCUUGUUUUGAAUUAAGUAUUUUACACAAGAAUCAAAAAGAUGGAAAGGAAGUACAAAAAUAUGCUUAUAGGUUAC